AGAGCGAACGCGAUCCUGGGCGUGGGAGGCCGGCGCCGCGCAUGCGCAGAGGUGUGGUCCGGGAAGGUGAGCUGAAGCUGGAGUUAGAGGCGCGGCCGCUGUGAGUAUUGUCUUAAAUGACCUCACUCCGUGACCACUGGUCCUGGGCCAAGAUGGGCCAAUCAGAGUCCUUACCCAGAACUUUUUGAACUGAAACUGAGAAAGAAAAUUCCUCUCCAGUAUGGAAGCCAUAAAAUGUAAAACACAGGAGCUGUCAGCAGCCACGCAUCCUGCCAUGUGGAACUGGUCUGCAAGGAAAAAGAAUGAAGCUGACAUGCAGAAAGCAGCAGAGAAAUAUGUUACUGAAAUUAAUUCAGGAGGAGGUGGCAAAUCUACAUUAAACCAAUAACUAUGAAGACACUGAAAAAGUUACCAGAGAGAUAUUUAUAAGAACAAUGUGUGCUGAGUACUGCAUCUCCUUUGCUGAUGUUGAAAAAGCUCAUAUCAACAUUCGAGAUUCUAUCCACCUCACACCAGUGCUAACAAGCUCCAUUUUAAACCAAGUAACAGGGCGCAAUCUUUUCUUCAAAUGUGAACUCUUCCAGAAAACUGGAUCUUUUAAGAUCCGUGGUGCCCUUAAUGCCAUCAGAGGCUUGAUUGUUGCCACUUCAGAAAAGCCCAAAGCUGUGGUUACUCACAGCACUGGGAAUCACGGCCAGGCCCUCGCCUACGCUGCCGAACUGGAAGGAAUUCCUGCUUAUAUUGUGGUGCCCCAAACAGCUCCCAACUGUAAAAAACUGGCAAUACAAGCCUAUGGAGCCUCUAUAGUGUACAGUGAACAGAGCGAUGAGUCCAGAGAAAAUGUUACAAAAAGAAUUAUGGAAGAAACAGAAGGCAUCAUGGUACAUCCCAACCAGGAGCCUGCAGUGAUGGCUGGGCAAGGGACAAUUGCCAUGGAGGUGCUGAACCAGGUUCCCUUGGUAGAUGCACUGGUGGUACCUGUAGGAGGAGGAGGAAUGGUUGCUGGAAUAGCAAUUACAGUUAAGGCCCUGAGACCUAGUGUGAAGGUAUAUGCUGCUGAACCCUUGAAUGCAGAUGACUGCUACCAGUCCAAACUGAAAGGGGAACUGACCCCCAACCCCUGUCCUCCAGAAACCAUAGCAGAUGGUGUCAAAUCCAGCAUUGGCUUAAACACCUGGCCUGUUAUAAGGGACCUUGUGGAUGAUGUCUUCACCGUCACAGAGGACGAAAUUAAGUAUGCAACCCAGCUGGUAUGGGAGCGGAUGAAACUGCUUAUUGAACCUACAGCUGGUGUUGGAGUGGCUGCUGUUCUGUCUCAGCAUUUUCAAACAAUUCCCCCAGAAGUAAAGAACAUAUGUAUUGUGCUCAGUGGUGGAAAUGUAGACUUAACCUCCAUAACUUGGGUGAAGCAAGCUGAAAGGCCAGCUCCUUAUCAAUCUGUUUUUGUUUAAUUUAUGCAUAAGGAAGAAAUGGGAUUCAGUGUCUCUAGAUACUUGGAAAUUUGGUCUCCAGUCACUGUUAACUUCCCAUCUUACCUUUAAGCAGCUUUCAAAAUCCGAUUGGACAGUGGAUAUUUCAGUAAGACUUAAUAGUUUUUUGGAUGAAGUAGCAAUAAAAAAACAUCCAUACUUAACUAA